UCUCCAGCUUCUACUUCUUCUCCCUCUCAGCUCGCCGCCUCUACCACCCCCUCUGCUUCCUCUUCUCUCUCUAUCGUUUGAAGCAGCGCACUGAUUCAAAUGCCAGAAACCAAAGCAGUAGUUGGUCUCUCCUGGGAACCCAAGAUUCCCAAUUUCUCGGUGGCAGCGAAAACUGGCGUUAAAGUUGAUGCAAAGCCUCAAGAAACCAAUCACCUCUGGAAACCCGCUGCCCAGCUUGUGGAUGGUCUCUUUGUGCCGCCCAAUAACCCGAAAACGCUUAACAAGUUGCAGAGGAAGCAGCUCAAAGACACCACUGGCUCCAAUUGGUUUGACAUGCCUGCGCCAGUCAUGACCCCGGAGUUGCAGAGAGAUCUCCAGUUACUCAAGUUAAGGAAUGUCAUGGAUCCAAAGAGACACUACAAGAAGGGUGAUUCGCAAACUGCCAAGUAUUUCCAGGUGGGAACAGUGGUAGAGUCGGCAUCAGAUUUCUUCUCAAGUAGACUAACAAAGAAGGAAAGGAAGGCAACCCUUGCCGAUGAGCUACUUUCUGAUCCUGUGCUUGCAACCUACAGGAAGCGGAAGGUUCAUGAGAUUGAAGAGAAGAAUCGUCCAGCUGAUAACGAGAAGUGGAAGAAUAAAGGGAAGACAUCCUAUAAGCGUGCAAAGCAAAGACGACAUUAAUUUGUCUCAGAUAUACCAGAUUUUGGACAUUUAUCGAGAUAUAUUAUUGUCAAAUUUUGUACCAAUGUGAGCCGAACAGACUUGUAGUUCAAACCUUGUAUGAGAAGCAUUUAUGUUAUAAUGAUUAUGUGCAACUCAUCUUC